AUGAUUCUUAUGCUUUUACUGAUAUAUGAUGAUGAAGGUGUCGGCGACGGUGGUAGCGGUGAUGGAGGGCGAGAACUCGGCCAUGGUGAAAAUAUACUUCCGAACUUUGAUAAUAAUCGCGCAAGUUCGAUGAAGCUCGGUUCAUUGAUAGUGGUGCGGCCUGUUUUUUUCUUCAUCCUCCUGGCCUUGAUAAUAUUGUUGAUUCCGAGUCUGGUGAUCCCAUGUUGGAUUAUUAAGGCUAAAAGAGUUGAACAAGAAGUUGAUUUAAUUUCGCGCAAUCUCAACCAACAAGUACUAUCACAAAUCGGACAAACAGCCCGACUGUUAUCUCCAUUAAAUUCGUCGGCAACAAAUUUAGCAAGAUUUUUCAGUUCAUCGUUAGAUGGCGCAAACCUCUCGUUCCCGUCAAUUGAAACUCAUGUGGCUCCGGUACUAUUUCAAGCGUUAUCAACAAUACCACACUUGUCACAGAUAUCAUUCAUCGGAUUGGAUGGACUUUUCUUCUCAUACUACUACUCCGAUAACGAUCGAAUUUCAGCCGUGUAUACUAAUUCCUCUACAAAAUUUGCAAACGUAAGUUCGGAUUGGUACACUCAACCGGUGAACCGUGACACUGGAAAGCGAUACGGAGAAGCUAUUAGUACCCAUCCUGCAAUCACAUUGGAUACAAGUUGGUUUCAAGAAGCCUUGAAUAACACAAAUGGGUGUGCUUCCACAGGAAUUGGAUGGAAAAAUGAUAAAGAUCUUCUGCUCCUCAAUACAGCCGGUAUCGGUGGAAGAGCAGUUGUCUCUCUAGGGUUUCAAGCGAAUUCAUUGGUUGAUUUCUUCUCUGGCAUGGAUUACUACGGUGGGACGUUGUAUUUGGCUACAAAAGAUGGGAAAUCACUAGCUGAAUUGGGGACUAACAUCCCGAACGCUCGCUUAGUCCUCGUCGGGGAUUCGGUUUCUUUCGAAAUGUUGGAUCCCAUUAGUGGUUCACGAAUAGGUUAUGUUGGUAAUGUGACAUGCAAACCAGAUGCAUAUGGCACAUCGAGAGGUUCCAUGUUGAUCAUUCGGAAGGCGAAGUACGCGAUUUACUGUUCACCCAUUGACAUCGUCGGCGUGCAAUCGGUACGUAUGUUUCUUCGAAAUGUUCUCCAUCUUCGUUUUUUCGUACUGGAAAGUGCAACAAUACAUACCAUAUUUAUAUGUGCACGGUUUGCCCUCCUUAAAUCUCAUGUAUAUGCAUUGGCUUUACCACGGAAGGGACUAGAGAGCUUCGUCACCAAAAACCUCGACGUCGCCUUCAUCCUUGUGAUACUCAUGGUUGGCGGUAUUGUUCUCUCCCUUGUGGCAUUCGUCGUGUUAAUCAUUCGGGCGGCCAGGAGAGAGAUGUGCUUGUGCGCUGCACUCAUCAAACAAAUGGAAGCGACUCAACAAGCUGAAAGGAAGAGCUUGAACAAGAGCCUCGCCUUCGCCAGCGCAAGUCACGAUGUCCGCGCUUCCCUCGCCGGAAUCACUGGUUUGAUCGAUAUGAGUCGCGAUCAAGUGGCUCCUGGUUCAGAUUUGGAUACAAAUUUGAAGCAAAUGGAGGAAAAUACAAGGGAUCUUUUGGGUAUUUUGAAUUCUAUUCUUGAUGCAAGUAAAAUUGAAGCUGGAAAAAUGCAACUUGAAGAAGAAGAAUUCGACUUGGCUCAACUGCUGGAGGAUGUUGUUGAUUUCUAUCACCCUGUUGGCAUGAAAAAAGGGUUAGACGUGGUGCUGGAUCCUUGUGAUAGCUCUCUCUCCAAAUUCUCAACGGUUAAAGGCGAUCGGACCAAAAUCAAACAGAUAUUAUGCAACUUGUUGAGCAAUGCUGUCAAGUUUACAUCUGAGGGACAUGUUGUAGUCCGAGCACGGGCCAGAAAACCCGAUUUGGGUAACUCGAUAUUGUCUUCUAGCCAUAACAGCCCUUUGCGCUGUGUUCCGUGCUUAUUUCUCAAGAAUGAUGAUGCAGAAAAUGGCCAAGAAUCUAUGAACACAAUUCGAGAAAAUCCCAAUUGUGUGGAAUUCAUAUUCGAGGUGGACGAUACGGGGAAAGGAAUACCGAAAGAGAAGCAAAAUUCUGUUUUCGAAAACUAUGUUCAAGUCAAAGAGACGUCAACUGAUCAUACACAUGACGGCACUGGCUUGGGACUUGGAAUUGUUCAAUCUCUGGUACGUCUAAUGGGCGGUGAAAUAGGGAUCAUGGACAAGGAAAUUGGCGAGAAGGGAACGUGUUUCAAGUUCAACAUCUUCCUUGCUGCAGGCGAAAUUGACUUCACCAAUAUCAAUGCCAGAGAAGACGAUACAGAGUCAAAUAGCGGUUAUAUAUCCAGUGUCUCGGUCCAACAUUCAGCUGGACCGAGCACCCGUGCCUUCACAAGCCCCCCUAAGCAGGAGACAUCACAUGUGGUGCUCUUCAUUCAAAGCGAAACGCGCCAACAAAUUUUGAAAAAUUUCAUGGAAACCUUAGGGGUAAAAGUGUCAUCGGUCAAAGAAUGGGAACAACUCCCCUACACCCUAAAAAGAGUAAAACAGAAAAUGAACGGUUCCCUCCGCAGCUACUCAAGUCAGUCAGAUUCGAGUUCGAGUCUAAGCAGAGCCGUAUCACGGGACAAUUCCAAAAAUGUCCCUCUCAGCGCCUUAGACGGGACCGAUCAAAUCCCACCACCUCUUAACCGGAGGACUAACUUGAAAAAGAAUUCUCCAAAUUUCACACUACUUGUGAUUGAUACAAGUGGUGGUCCAUUUCGAGAAUUAAGUAGGGCCGUGGCAGAAUUCAAAAGAGACCUACAUGAUACUUGUUGUUGCAGAGUAAUUUGGAUCGAUAAACCGGGUGCUCUGGGGAAUAUCCAUUCCAAAGGCCUUGACAAGGACAAAAUGCCUAGUAGUGAUUUGAUCAUUUCUAAGCCAUUUCACGGCUCGCGGUUGCACCAUGCGAUAAUGCUUUUACCGGAGUUUGGUGGUACAUUUACGGACAAUUUGAUUUCACCCGGGAGAGGAAAACAGAAUCCUGAGUGUCAAGGGAGUGAGAAAUCAUCCUAUGGCGGAGGGAAGAGAUCAUUGGUGGUGCAGAAGGGGGUGGAGAUAGAAGAAGAGGGGUCGAAGAAGCCGUUGGGUGGGAAGAGAAUUUUGGUUGCGGAGGACAAUGUAGUGUUGAGGAAAGUGGCUGUGGCUAAUGUAACUGCGCUUGGUGCAAUGGUUGAGUCGUGUGAAAAUGGUGAGAAAGCUUUGGAGUUAGUUUGCGAAGGUCUGAGUGAUCAACCAAGGAAACUAGAUGGAGCUGCUGCUAUUACUACUGGGUCUAGUCUUCUUCCUUAUGAUUAUAUUUUGAUGGACUGCGAGAUGCCGGUAAUGGAUGGGUUUGAAGCAACAAGACUAAUAAGAGAGGAGGAGAGAGAUUAUGGAGUCCACAUACCCAUCAUAGCAUUAACUGCUCAUGCAAAUGGAGAGGAAGCAAACAGGAUGAUGAAAGCUGGAAUGGAUUUCCAUUUAGCCAAACCACUCAAAAGAGAACUACUUAUGGAAGCCGUCUUGUACAUUGACAACAAUAGAAGUAUGUAGUAAUAGUCAUCCAAGUUAAAAGAAUUUCUUGUAAUUUGCGCUUUACGUUUGUGCAGUACUUGUUCGCAUUGUACUCAGUACUAACUUUCUUUUACCGUGAACAUUGAGGGAUUAUUCAGUGCUCCUUGUCACGUUGUGCUUCAGGGACCUCUACCAUCACACAUUCACGUAAAAUAAUGGGUCCCACAUGGA